AUGUCAGCCGAAGUGCGGCUGAGGCGGCUUCAGCAGCUGGUGCUGGACCCCAGCUUCCUGGGGCUGGAGCCCCUGCUCGACCUUCUCCUGGGCGUCCACCAGGAGCUGGGCGCGUCCGACCUGGCCCAGGACAAGUAUGUGGCCAACUUCUUGGAGUGGGUGGAUCCCAUCGCGGAGAGGCUUAAGGAGGCCCGACUGCAGAGGGAUGACUUCGAGAUUCUGAAGGUGAUCGGACGCGGGGCGUUCAGCGAGGUGGCGGUGGUGAAGAUGAAGCAGACGGGCCAGGUGUACGCCAUGAAGAUCAUGAAUAAGUGGGACAUGCUGAAGAGAGGCGAGGUGUCGUGCUUCCGCGAAGAGAGGGAUGUGUUGGUGAACGGGGACCAGCGCUGGAUCACGCAGCUGCACUUCGCCUUCCAGGACGAGAACUACCUGUACCUGGUCAUGGAGUACUACGUGGGCGGGGACCUGCUAACUCUGCUGAGCAAGUUUGGGGAGCGGAUCCCGGCCGAGAUGGCGUGCUUCUACCUGGCCGAGAUUGUCAUGGCCAUAGACUCGGUGCACCGGCUGGGCUACGUGCACAGGGACAUCAAACCAGACAACAUCCUGCUGGACCGCUGCGGCCACAUCCGCUUGGCCGACUUCGGCUCCUGCCUCAAGUUGCGGGCGGAUGGAACGGUGCGGUCACUGGUGGCUGUGGGCACCCCGGACUACUUGUCUCCCGAGAUCCUGCAGGCCGUGGGCGGUGGGCCCGGGACUGGCAGCUACGGGCCCGAGUGUGACUGGUGGGCGCUGGGCGUGCUCGCCUAUGAAAUGUUCUACGGGCAGACGCCCUUCUACGCCGACUCCACAGCUGAGACCUACGGCAAGAUCGUGCACUACAAGGAGCACCUGUCUCUACCGCUAGCAGACGCAGGAGUCCCCGACGAGGCUCGCGAUCUCAUCCAGCAGCUGCUGUGUCCCCCCGAGAUGCGUCUGGGCCGGAAUGGAGCAGGCGAUUUCCAGAAGCAUCCUUUCUUCUUUGGCCUUGACUGGGACAGCCUCCGAGACAGCGCGCCCCCCUUUACGCCGGAUUUCGAGGGUGCCACGGAUACGUGCAACUUCGAUGUGGUGGAAGACGGGCUCACUGCCAUGGUGAGCGGGGGCGGGGAGACGCUGUCGGAUAUGCAGGAAGGCACGCCACUGGGGGUCCACCUGCCUUUCGUGGGCUACUCCUCCUAUUCCUGCAUGGCCCUUGGGGAUGAUGAGAUCCCGCGCUCCACACCCAUGGAACUGGAGGCCGAGGCGUUGCCUGAGCCAUUGCAAGAGCCCAGCCUGGAACCCACGGUGCCCCCACCAGAGGAAACGGCUGAAGCGGCAGUUCCGGAGGCCAUUCCGGAGGCGGUGGCAGAGGCCGAGGUGACGCUGCGGAAACUCCAGGAGGCCCUGGAGGAGGAGGUGCUCACCCGACAGAGCCUGAGCCAGGAGCUGGAGGCCAUCCGAACGGCCAACCAGAACUUCGCCAGCCAACUCCGCGAGGCCCAGGCCCGUAACCGAGACCUGGAGGCGCACGUCCGGCAGCUGCAGGAGCGGAUGGAGCUGCUUCAGGCCGGGGGAGCCGCAGCUGUCACGGGGGUCCCCAGUCCCCGGGCCACGGAUCCACCUUCCCAUAUGGCCCCCCGGCCGUGGCUCUGGGCCAGUGCCCGCUGGUGGGGCCAGGCCCCAUGCACCGCCGCCACCUGCUGCUCCCUGCCAGGGUCCCUAGGCCUGGCCUAUCGGAGGCGCGUUCCUUGCUCCUGUUCGCCUCUGCUCUGGCUUGUGCCGCCGCCCUGGGCUGCAUUGGGUUGGUGGCCUGCGCCGGCUAUCUUGCCACAGUCUGACCCCGCCCGGGAGCCGCCUUCGCCGCCUGAACCCUAG